UCUUCGUCCGUUCGCGGAUCAAGGAAGAUAUCGCCUGGGGCAAAAGAUUUUAUACAUCAUCGAAGAGCACAAAAAACUCUCGCGAAAGCUGCGAAAGUGUCAUUCGAGGAUCGGGAGGCGCGCGCGCCCGCGCGCGAAUGCUGGAUUAUCGCCGACGUCCUCGUGCACCAGGUCGUUCGCCGCCGACGCCGAUGAUCGUUCGAUGCCCGUACAAUGGACGUUUUCAAACUCGAUCAGUCGCUGAGCGCGGGUUUGGGCAGCGCCCCGGCGCCGGACACCCUCACGCCGGAGGUGUCGUUCGACGCCGGCAGUGAGUUCAACCUGAGCUUCUUCGACGGCCCGGAGGAGAACAACAGUACCCAGGGCUUCAGCGAUCCCGGUUCCGUGGGUAGCACCAGUGCCUCGCCGCCCCCCGGUACCCCCGGUGGCGCCGUCCCCUCUACCGUCACCGCCGCCGCCGCCGCUGCUGCCGCCGUCGCAGCCGCCCCCGCUUCAGCUUCCUCCGCUGGCGUAAAUAAUCCGCCGCUGCCGAUUGUCCAAGUGCCCUCCGCUGGCAUCGUCAUUAAGCAAGAGCAGCAUUACGCGGCAGCUGAUUCCAACAGUUCGACGCCCGCUAAAAGCUUCGUACCGUGCAAGGUUUGCGGCGAUAAAGCCAGCGGCUACCAUUACGGCGUUACCAGCUGCGAGGGUUGCAAAGGCUUCUUCAGGAGGAGCAUACAGAAGCAGAUAGAAUACAGGUGCUUGAGGGACGGCAAGUGUCUCGUCAUCAGAUUAAAUCGGAACCGCUGCCAGUACUGCAGAUUCAAGAAGUGCCUAGCCGUCGGCAUGUCCAGAGACUCUGUGAGAUACGGCAGGGUGCCGAAACGCUCCAGGGAACGCGGCCCCGAGGACACGAUGGCGACGACCAUGACGACGACGACGACGACGACAACGACGACGACGACGAUGGCGGCCAUGGAAAUGCAGCAACUCACCACGCCCGAUACCGGCAACAACAAUGCCAAUAACAAAAACAACAAUAACAAUAAUAACAACAAUAACAAUAACAACAACAACAACAAUACCCAGAGUCAGAACGCGAUCUCGCGGGUAGCGCCGGCUGCGGUGGUCGAGGCUGAUCAAUCGGACGCUGACGUGAAACAGCUGGCCGUAUACGACGUGAUUCAUCAAGUGUCGCAGGCGCAUCACGCUCACUGCGGCUUCACGGAAGAGUCCACCAGAGGCCUCACGAGAAAACCCAUGAUAAUACCGGCGAGUAAUUCUUCGCAGCCUGCUAGUCCGGAGGAUCCGGAAGCCGCGUCCUCGACUGCAGAGACGGUUGAAUCGCAAAGGAUCUGGCUGUGGCAGCAGUUCGCCACGAGGGUGACGCCAUCGGUACAGAGGGUGGUGGAGUUCGCGAAACGAAUGCCAGGAUUUUGCGAGCUCUCGCAGGAUGAUCAACUGAUCCUGAUCAAAGUCGGCUUCUUCGAGGUGUGGCUCUGUCACAUUUCCAAGAUGACAACCGACAAUUCGAUGACCUUUGAGGAUGGCACCUACUUCACUCGACAGCAACUGGAAUUGAUGUACGAGCCCGACUUUGUGUCCGCGUGGAUGCAAGUCACGUCGUCGCUGAACGCCCAUCAACUGACGGACACCGAGCUGGGCCUGUUCUCGGCGGCGGUGCUGCUGAGCGAGCGACCGGGUUUGAACGAUGUCAAGGCUGUGCAAAGGUUGCAGGAUCGUGUGCUGGAGGCGUUGAGGGUACAAGCAGCGCGACCGUCCGGCGAGGGAUCCGGUGGCUCGGUCACCAGCAUUUCGCAAAGGAUACCCGAGUUAAGAGCGCUCGGCGCCAGGCAUGCCAGCCUUCUCGAUUGGUUCCGCAGAAAUUGGACGAAACUCAAGUUACCGCCGCUGUUCGCCGAGAUAUUCGACAUUCCCAAGUGCGAAGAGGAUUUGCAAUGAAGAGAGAAUAAGGUGCAACGAGAUGAAUGGUACCGAUACCAGAUACUGGCAAGAAACCAAGUUGCUCAGCGCUAUCGAGACUGCUCUGAAUAUCUAGAGAAUCAUUCGUUUUGAUUCAUAGACGGUGAAACAUGAUCACAACGCGAUCCGAAACUGAACGAAGAACGAGCGAAUGGGAACAAGAAAUGAGACAUAUCUCUUGUGAAUAAGGAAUGAAGAUAUUGUCUGUCGCAAAGAAUAUUAGCUAAAUUAAAGAGAAAAGAAAAGCGAAGCCACGGUUGUUGAUAGCGUCUGUGGUUAGCGCCAAUUUUCGCUAAUGUGAAAUAUUUCAAUUGCUC